CUCUUCUUUCUCGUCUCCUCGUCGACCUGCGGGUUGUGACAAUGUAACCUUGCAAUUCUGCAUUCCUACGCCCCUCUGCCUGUGCAAUGGGACCGAGUCUGACGUAGCGGUGCCAGACACCGGAGACUAGGGUCACAGCUUGGCCCUGGCUUGUACGCUCGCUAACGCCGCAACCAUUCUCCCUCUCCUUCGCCCGAACUCCCCACGCGUGACGAUACCCGCCGUGGAACAUGCAAUCAAUGGACAGACUGGGCCAGCGACACGGACACGGGACCGGGCAAUGGAUGUCGUCUAUGUGCGCUCGACUCCGGCACGACGGCAAGGGCUAGCAUCCGAGUCACUGUCUGGUGGCCACCAUGUUCCGCCCGCGCAACGCGAUGACGACGAUGUACAACCCGGCGGGGAACACAGCAACUUCCAACACAAUCAUACGGCAGAGAGUCGCCGCCAGUGGAGCGUCACCAUUGCCGUCAACGACCGCGACGCGGUGCAGGCCACCAUCACCGACCCCUUCUCCGAGACAGAGUACGAGAAGAUCUUCGAGCACUAUCUGCGCGACUCGGACCGGCCGCGAUGGAGCGCCGAGAGCAUGAGCAUGACGCUGCAGGAGUCGGCUGUGGAUGGUGUCUCGCAUCUUGAGGAGCGGAUUCGAUGGUACGGCGAGCACCUACUGUCGCAGCUGAAGCUGAGCUUCUCGCCGGACGCCACAGAGUGCCAGAUCUACAUUAUCGAGAGCGACCCGGGUCCAAGUGAGACUGCGAAUCGCGGCCCCGGACUCCACUGUCUCGCCUGGGAACUCCUCGAAGCCGACCACAUUGUCUGCAUGCCCAAGCUGCGCGUCACCCGCAUCAGCGACGUGCCCUUGCCUCGGCGAGAUCUCCGCCCGAUGCGGCCCACCAACCGGUCGCCGCCGCCGUUCGCCGCCGUGCAGGCCAACCCGGCGCUCAACUUCCACGUGCUGCUGGUUGUGGCCCGCGACUUCAGCCGGUCCGGCGCCGAGCGGGACCCGGAGCCGGACUUGGCCCAGUGGCCGCUUAUGAGCGUCCAGCGGAAGAUGCACAGUCGCCUGCUGCUCGAGGUGGUGCGUCCGGGGAGCCGGGAGGAGCUCGCGGGGCAUUUGGAUGUGCGGGCUGCGCAGGGCGUGCAUUUCCACUUGGUGCACUUCGACCUGCAUGGACGCAUCAUGUGUGACGAACAUGGAAACGAAGUCCCCUGGCUGCUCUUUGCUAAGCAAAACCACGUCCCUCGCACCCACGGCUACCAGGUCCCCCAGACACACCUUGCAAAGGCCGCUGACAUAGCUGCCGUCUUGGCCCGUCACGACAUCGAGAACGUGGUCCUCAACGCCUGUCUAUCGGCCUACAACCGCACCGGAUCCGCCACCAGCCUCGCCCACAUCUUCCUCGAGCAUGGCAUCUGCAAUGUCUCAGCCAUGUGGUUCUUCGUCCACUGGCAAACAGUGUCGACAUAUCUCGAUACCUUCUACGACGAACUGCUGUAUCACUGUAAGCCCUUCCACAUCGCGGCGCAGCGAGGGCGGGAAGCUAUCCGCCAGAAACCCACGAGCCGCAUAGGGCGCGAGUACCAGGACUUUUUCCUGUGCGUAAACUACUCGCGCAGGAGGCCGACGGCACAGGUAGUCAGCCCCAUCGCACGCGAUCCCAGCCCGGCGCCGUCGGCCCGGUCGCAGGGCUCGACAACAUCCGACACAUCGGCCAAGAGCUUUAUGAGCGGCAUGUGGAAGCCGUCAACGCCACGGCUCGCGGACUCGUUCAUCCUCGGCGGCGAGCCAGUGAUGCGAAUGCAGCUACACCUUCUGGAGCUCGAGUACAAGCUCAUGACGUUCCGCGUCGUGUACGCAAGUGAUCUCCGGCGGCCUGGUUCCAAGCUCAAUAGCACCAUCGAUCAGAUGGUACACAUGUGGCUGAACACCAACCUGGUAGACGAGGUGCUCUACUACAAGGCCAAGGACUUUGCUCGGUCCACCCUGUCGCGCAUGUUUCCCGGCGGCGUCAAGCACCGGGAGCGACGAACGCGAGCCACCAACGGAGGCUACCUCCAGCUGCUCUUCCCGCGACCCGUCCGGGCGCUCCGGCAAACGCUGCACGUGGUGCGCGAUGUAGACGGCGUCGUGGCGCCGGGGUUCCUGGCCGACGCCGGGCGCAACGCGCAGCUCGAGCACCAGCGGUCCAUGGCGCAGGCCGGACUGCGGCGGUUCGCGGCGCAGCUACAUGAGAAUGGGCAUAGCUACCUGCUGUUCCUGGGCAGCGAGGACGCCCAGUGGUGGCGGACGUAUCUGCAGCAUCUACAGGGCGAGUGGUGGGUGCAUUUACCCUGGAGCUAUACCGUGCAUAGUCGGUAUAUUCGCGAGGUGAGGCUGCCGACGGAGGAGAGAAAGCCCAAGUUGGGGAUUCAGGGGUGAGCCAAGCACAGAAGAGGAGGAAUAGAGACGGUCGUGAUAUAUAUCAGCAUAGAAAGGACGACAUGGCAAGGAGCAUUAAACGAUAACAGGGAGCGAGUCUUGUCAUAUAGAUAAACUGUAUAACAGUGCGUCGUACCAUCUAGAAAUCUAGCAUCAGGGAGCGGAGGCGUUACCGGAAAGGCUUAGUACACUGUCACAUUAAUAGUACAGAGAGAUAACAUUUCAAUCAUCAAAAUUGGGGGGCGCCGCUAUAAG